GGUGGCUUGGUCUCAUUGUCAGCUGACGACACAUUCAAGUUCUCUUUCAAAUUUCAGUACCCGGGUGUUAUGCGUCCAUGACUGCCAAUUAGUUUUAUUUCAAAUACUUAAUUAAUUUUUAAAAAUCUAUUUAUUUUAAAAUAAGUAUUCAAAUUAUUUAUAAACAAUACUUCAAAAAAUGGCUGACGAUUAUAAAAAAGUAACUCACGUUUUAUUUGACAUGGACGGUCUGCUUAUUGAUACUGAGUAUCGUUACACAGAGGCAUUUAAUAACGUGUUAAAUAAGUACGGAAAAACAUUCACGUGGGAGAUCAAGGCCAUGACGAUGGGGUUCCACAUGUACGAGAGUGCGAAGAAAAUAGUGGAGAUGCUCGAGGUCCCGCUGUCACCUGAAGAAUUUUUGGAGCAGCUGAAGCCGCAAUAUGAUAAAUUAUUUCCAGAGAGCAAACUGAUGCCAGGAGCUGAACGAUUGUUACGACAUUUGCAUAAACACAACAUUCCGAUCGCACUCGCAACGAGUUCUAGCGAGAGCAGCUACGAGCUAAAGACGAGAAAUCUUAAGCCGAUUUUCGAACUUUUCCAUCAUCGCGUCCUGGGCGGCUCGGAUCCUGAUGUAAAAAAAGGAAAACCAGCACCGGAUAUAUUCCUUGUUGCCGCCAGCAGAUUCUCCGACUCAGAUCCCGUUCAACCGUCCCAGUGUCUAGUCUUUGAAGAUGCGCCGAAUGGCGUGCAAGCGGCCGUGAGCGCUGGUAUGCAAGUCGUUAUGGUACCUGACGAAAAUCUACCAAAGGAACUGACCAAAAAAGCUACGAUGGUGCUACACAGUCUAGAAGAAUUUAAACCUGAACUGUUUGGACUGCCUCCGUUCUCUGAGGAUUAGAAUAUUUACGAGACAUCCAACAAUUCAAGCGGUUAAACAAUGUAUUGAUUUUUAGAAACUAGACGUCAAUAAAUAUGCGCACCAUUUAUUUUAAUGUUGAUCAAUUAGUGCGUAAUAUAAUUAACGAUUCAAAAAAUUGAGGAAAUUAUUUAAAUAAAAUAAACAAAAUAUUAUUUUGAUAAAUAGUAUUAUCUGUUAAAGUAUCUAAAUAUGUAUUAUAGAAAAUAAAUCAAAUCAAUGCAUACCAUUAA